AUGCGCGCGCACCCCGCACAGGCCCGGGGCCGCGUACCGCUCGGGAGGGGGCGGGGCUCCGCACUCGGCGGUGGCGCGGGUCGAGGCACCAUGGAAGCUGGUCCCGGGCGGGAGCGCGGCGGCCGGGGCGGGACGCCGGAGGAGAGCGCGCGGGCCCUGGCCGAGUUCGCGGCGCUGCACGGCCCCGCGCUGCGCGCCUCGGGCGUCCCGGAGCGGUACUGGGGCCGCCUCCUGCACAAGCUGGAGCACGAGGUUUUCGAUGCUGGGGAGAUGUUUGGAAUUAUGCAAGUGGAGGAGAUGGAAGAGACUGAGGACGAGGCCACCGGGGAAGCUCGGCGGAAACAGCCCAACCCGGGGAGCGAACUGUGCUACAAGGUCAUUGUGACCAGUGAGAGUGGGCUCCAGGCUGACAAUCCCAACAGCAUCUUCCUCAUCGACCACGCCUGGACAUGUCGUGUGGAGCAUGCCCGCCAGCAGCUCCAGCAGGUACCCGGGCUCCUGCACCGCAUGGCCAACCUGAUGGGCAUCGAGUUCCACGGUGAGGUGCCCAGCGCAGAAGCCGUGGCCCUGGUGCUGGAGGAGAUGUGGAAAUUCAACCAGACCUACCAGCUAGCCCAUGGGACAGCUGAGGAGAAGGUGCCAGUGUGGUACGUCAUGGAUGAGUUUGGCUCACGGAUCCAGCACGCAGACAUACCCAGCUUUGCCACGGCGCCCUUCUUCUACAUGCCCCAGCAGGUGGCCUACACCCUACUGUGGCCCCUAAGGAAUCUGGACACAGGAGAGGAGGUGACCCGGGACUUUGCCUACGGAGAGGCAGACCCUCUGAUCCGGAAAUGCAUGCUGCUGCCCUGGGCCCCCGCCGACAUGCUGGACCUCAGUUCUUCCACGCCUGAGCCACCCACGGAGUACUAUCAGGCCAUUUUGGAGGAAAACAAGGAGAAACUGCCACUUGCCAUCAGCCCAGCAGAGCAUCCCCACAACCACAUCUUUAAAGUCCACACUGACGUGCGGCAGGUGCUCAGCCACCUCACCCACCCCCGUUUCACCUUCACCGAGCACGAGGCCGACGCCGACAUCCUCUACAACUUCUCACACUUCAAGGACUACAGGAGGCUCAGCCAGGAGAGACCGCAGGUGCUGCUGAACCAGUUCCCCUGUGAGAACCUGCUGACCGUGAAGGAUUGUCUGGCCUCCAUUGCACGCCGGGUUGGGGGCCCUGAGGGCCCCUGUUGGCUGCCCCGAACAUUCAACCUGCGCACCGAGCUGCCUCAGUUUGUCAGCUACUUCCAGCAGCGGGAGAGGCGGGGCGAGGACAACCACUGGAUCUGCAAGCCCUGGAACCUGGCCCGCAGCCUGGACACUCACGUCACCAAGAACCUGCACAGCAUCAUUCGGCACCGUGAGAGCACCCCCAAGGUGGUGUCCAAGUACAUUGAGAGUCCUGUCCUGUUCCAUCGAGAAGACGUGGGAGACGUCAAGUUCGACAUCCGCUACAUCGUGCUGCUGCGCUCGGUGCAGCCACUGAGGUUGUUCGUGUAUGACGUGUUCUGGCUGCGGUUCUCCAACCAGGCCUUCGCACUCAACGACCUGGACGACUAUGAGAAGCAUUUCACCGUCAUGAACUAUGACCCGGAUGUGCAGCUGAAGCAGGUGCAUUAUGACGAGUUCAUCCCCCAGUUUGAAAAGCAGUACCCGGAGUUUUCCUGGAGUGGGGUCCAGGCUGAGAUCUUCGGGGCCUUUAAAGAGCUGUUCCAGGUGGCAUGUGCCAAACCGCCACCUCUGGGCCUCUGCAACUACCCUUCAUCCCGGGCCGUGUACGCUGUUGACCUCAUGCUGAAGUGGGACAACCAUCCAGAUGGAAGGAAACUGAUGCAGCCACAGAUCCUGGAAGUGAACUUCAACCCCGACUGCGAGCGGGCCUGCAAGUACCACCCCACCUUCUUCAAUGACAUCUUCAGCACCUUAUUCCUGGACCAGCCCAGUGGCUGCCACGUCACCUGCCUCAUCUAGACACCCGUGGCCCUUUCUGCCCAUGCCAGUGGGCUGCUUCCAACCUCGGCUCAGAGAGCUGCUUCUGCUGUCCCCAGCCUCCUCCCUCUUCCCUCUCUCCCUCCUCUGUUUCCUCCUCAGCCCACUUCCUCGGCCCUCCAGAGCCAUGCCCUCGCUCCCUGGGGCUGAACAUGGCCCCCAGGCCACCACCUCUAUGCCAUGUCUCCAGCUCUGCCAAGAGCUUUAUUCCUGACAUGAAGAGAUGUUUCUAGCCACCAUGUUUCUGUAGGCAGUAGAGAAAGAGGUAUUGCUCAGAAACACGUCCGGAGGGAAGUAGUUGGGGACCCUGUGCCAUCCAGGACCAGAGGUGGCUCUUCCAGAGUCUCCACCUCCCUGUCCUGCAGCUGCCCCCGAGCAGGGUGUCAGCAUCCCGAGCUGCAACCCCCAGCCCAGGGCCCUGACAGAGCAGCCUGGGGAAGAUGCUUACCAACCCCACCUCAGGCCCAGCCACCCUCCACCAGAGCCUUCAUCAGGAAACUGCCCAGCCAUGUCUUCCCUGCCAGUCCCUUUUGGAAAAUUGGCCUGUCUCCAUGGUUCUUGCUUACAGACGCCUCACUGGGCCGAACCCUUCUGGGAGGAGAUAGAAUCUCCAGGGCCAAGAAGCGCCAUGGUAGAAGCCAGGGAGGGGAUGGUGGGGA